AUGACUUAUCGUUCGAAACAGUACAGGCGACAGAAUCUUUGCCCUGGUCACCCCCAUCCCCACGACGAUACCGCGGCCUGCGUGGAACAAACCAGAGCCACGCAGCGGGUCGGCUCCUCCACCCCCUCCCCAUCUGGCGAACGGCGGCGCCUGUGCUGCUCCGGCGAGGUGCCCAGCAAUGGCCUCGAGCUCAACGGGAUGUGUGCUGCGCCCGGGCCGUGGAGCAGUUCCGUCUUCCCAGUCGAGUCACAGGAUUCGAUGAGCGUCCCCAGCGUCGUGUUUGGCGCCGGCGGCGGUGCACAGGUAGGCGUGGAGGCGGCGGCGGGCGAGGUGUGCUCUGAAGCCACUAGUGGCUGGACACGCAGGGGUGUUCCCUGGCUGGCGGGGUGGAUUGGUUCCGUUCUACCAGUGGACUACCAGGAUUCGAUGAGUGCCCCCAUUGUCAAGGUGGACGCGGUCGGCAAAGCACAGCCGUCAAAUGAUUGUUUUGAUUGGGCGAUGAUUGGUUUGGAGUAAAACCUUGAUGAUGGUUGUUUGGGACAAAAAUGGUCAUCAAUGAACUUGGGGUGAUUUCACACAGGAGGUUCAGUUUGAGUAUUUUCUAGAGGCAAGCUGGUUGUGCUUAGGCUGUCAGUCAAGCAGCUUGAAAGCAUGCCCACUGUCUAUGCAAAUUCACUAAUGUAGCUACUAUAUCUUGCAGGAAACUCUAUUAUAAGUUUAUCACUCAGUAACCUGAUGUUCUAUGAGCUAAUGCGGAUGCAAGGGAACCAUUUAGCGGCGGCAAGUGACUUGCUUGAGGCAAUCAAAGGGUCGUUCGUUGUUCUGUAAAACAGUUUGCCCUGUGUGGUAUCGGCAAUUUUUUUAAGGGAAUAGGUAUAGGCAAAUGGAAAUGCCAUGUAACUCUUUUUCAUUCAGUUUUAAGAACCUCCGCAAGAUAUUCAGUUUGGACCGUGUGUAGGGUUAAUUCAAUGCAAAUGCACUUUAAUUCAUGCA